AUGGCAACAUCAAGGAGGGACCCUCAGCAGAAUGCUAGAGUCAACCGGGGCAUUCAGAAUAUGUCCCCAGGGCUCAAACCCAGUGAGUCUGACCAAGGGCUACGGCGUGCAAGAUCCGUCCCAACCUCUCCUGAUCGCAGAUUAUCCCCAUCCCCCGCCUCAAUCUCAUCCAACACCUGUCGACCCGCAUCAUCAUUCAACGCUCGCACGACCUCAUCCCGGUCCACAUCUAGCUCAGCCUCUUCAAGUCACGGAAAGACACUGCACUCCGCUUCGUCCAUGGCUGGUGCAAGGCAAACAAACACAAUGAGAAGAAAAGCAGAAAAGCCUGGUGCCACAUCUGUCUGGCCUCCAGCCCUUGCAGCUCCAAACACCUCAUCUAAGGAUAUGACCAGGGCAGCAAAAUCACCAUCCACCAUGCAGAAGAGUAAUAAUCUCUCUACAAGGCCUGGUAUUGAGAAGGCAGCAGCAUCUUCUGUAAAGCCGAAAUCUCAGAAAACAACCGCAGGACCUCUUGGAGCUGGAAAAACUCAAGCUGCAUCUUCCACUCGUGCUCCUGGCGCUAUAACAAAGAAAAGAAUGGGAGCCGAGAAAUAUGUCUCUAUCCAGAGGACAACAAGUGUGCCGGCGAGACAAAAAGAGACACCAAAAAUCGAGGAACAAGAUGCUGAGCUGUUGAUGGAAUUUGAUGAGACAGAGAGCAUAAGCACCUCUUCCAUAGAGGAGCACUUGCAUGAACGGCUCCCUGACCCUGUUGAUCUGAAAUCUGUGGAUCUCAAUAGCAAGACAUCCUCUAGUCUGGAGGAAUACAAGAAUCAAGAGAACACAGGGGACAUUUUGGAGGAGAAACAUGAUGGAAAGGACAAUGAAGACCUGAGCACAGGUGACAGGGCUUAUAUUGGAAACAGUGAUAUAAACAUCCCGAAAGAAGCAGUUGAUGAAUCUGAAUCGGAGGAAGCUGUUGAUGAAACUGGGUUGAAGCAAGAUGUCUGUGCAACUGAGCUAAAUGAAACUGUUGAUCAGACCAAACUAAACGAAGCUGCCAGUGAAACUGAAUCAAAGGAAGCUAAUGAUGAAGCCAAGCUAAAGCAAGUUGAUUGUGAAACUGCAUUAAAAGAAGCUGCUAAUGGAACUGAGUUAAGGGAUGCUGUUAUUGAACAUGAACUAAUUGCACAAGAAAAGGCCAAAACUAAGGAGAAGAUAAUGCAGCCAACGAAGACCGUGGAAUUGGCACAGAAGUGGAGGAAGGAUGAAGGGAGGAGCAAUGAAGCUACAGAGGAGGGCAGGAGCAAGCCUAUCCAGGAAAGGAAGAACAAGGUAAUGGCCUUGGUGGGGAGAUUUGAGACUGCCAUGUCUGGCUGA